CAAUGUCAUGUCAGUGACUGUAUUCGGCGGCCCGCGGAGGCGGGUCCGGUAAUCCUAGUUGAAAGUGAGCAACAUGAACAAGCAUCAAAGGAAACGUAAAUUGACAUUUGACAAAUGGUAGUUAGAAUGCCGGACUCGUCAUGUUGAGAGUUUCAGCGCCAUGGGCCUGCCGCAUCCUGAAGGACGUUGUUCAGCCUGGAUUGCGACACCCUCAUCCUGGGUGCUGCCGCUGUGCGUUCUCACAGGAUGCUGAGAGCACCACCCCUGCCCUGCCGCAGCGGGCUCGUGUCGUAGUAUGUGGCGGAGGGAUUGCAGGCUUGUCCGUUGCGUACCACCUUUCAAAGCUGGGAUGGAAGGACAUAGUGCUACUGGAGCAAGGAACAUUGGCAAGUGGUACAACAUGGAGUGCCACAGGCCUUCUGGGAUUACUGAGGAGGUCCCAUUUUACCACCCGACUGAGCAGGAUGAGCUAUGAUUUGUAUAGUCAACUCGAGGAUGAGACAGGAAUCCAGACCGGUCUACGCCGUUGUGGAAGCGUGUAUAUAGGACAGACCAAAGAUGUCAUGGUGGAACUGAGGAAGAAGCAUGCAAAUGCGCAUGCUUGGGGAAUUGACAGCGAGCUCCUCAGCAUCAGGGAUAUCAGCAGAGUGUUGCCAUGGAUACGGGUAGAUGAUGCGGAAGGAGGGUUGUUCGUAAAGGACGAUGCGCGUGUACGGUCCAUGGAUGUCACCCGUGCUCUGGCAAAGGCUAUAGCCAGUAGGGGUGUCACGCUCCUAGAGAAUGUUGUAGUCAAGGGAAUAAUGACUGAUGAGGGCAGUGUCUCCAGUGUAGAGACAGACAGGGGAACCAUUGACUGUGAGGCGUUUGUCAACUGUGCCGGCCUGUGGGCCUAUAACAUCGGACUUGCCAGCUCACCAGAGGUCAGGGUACCAGUCUACCCAGUGGCCCAGCAGUACCUCACCACCAAGCCAAUUAAAAAUCUGUCUUUGGAUGCUCAAGGCCCUUACAUACGGGACACAGAGAGCCUCCUGUACAUUCAGGAACACAACGGGGGCUUUUUGUUCGGCGGGUAUGCACCCAAGGGCAAGCCUAUCUUUGACGAGGUGGUGCCACUCCAAAAAGACCCUGGCAACAUCCAGUUACCCGAUGACUGGGAUCACUUUCGUCACUUGUUGGAGGGUUUCUUACACCGAGUGCCCCUGGCUGCCAAUGUGCAGUUUGAGAAGCUGUCCAACUAUCCUGAGGGUUUUACUCCGGACGGUGAGUUCAUCAUGGGGGAAGCGCCAGAGGUUAGGAAUUACUACAUAUUGGCUGGCUUCAGCUCUCUGGGUCUUGCAUACGCUGGAGGUGCUGGACAACUCCUUGCCGGGCUGAUGGUGGAUGGGUACACUUCCAUGCACUACUGGCCGGUGGACGUACGACGCUUCAGCCCUUACCACAACAGCAAGGAGUUCCUUCGAGCCAGGGUGAAAGAAAUAGAAAGUGUUCAUUAUCGCGUGCUUUACCCGGCCACCUCUUACAGGACGGGGCGUAAACUGCGCUGCCCGCCCCUCUACUCCAGGCUGGCGCAAGACGGGGCAGUGUUUGGCGAACGGAUGGGGGUGGAACGACCCAAGUGGUUCAUGGCUCCUGAUGAUACAGAUGAGUUGGCCCUGGAGACUCAGCGGGGUAUGUUUGGCAAGCCCCUUUGGUUUGACCUGGUGGAGGCCGAGUACUGGGCCUGCCGGGAAUCUGUGUGCCUCAUGGACAUGUCAGCCUUCACCAAGCUGGAACUUACUUCCACUGGAAAUGAGGCUACUAUGCUCCUGCAGCGUCUCUGCCCUAAUGAUUUAGACUGUCCCGUCGGUAGCGUGGUGCACACAGGAAUGCUGAAUGAGAGAGGUGGAUACGAGAGCGACUGCAGCAUCGCUCGCCUUGAUACCAAUCGAUAUUUCAUAAUAUGCCCAACGGUUCUGCUGGUCAGGGGUCAUCAGUGGAUUGCCAACCACCUCCCUGCAGACGGCUCGGUCACCCUGCGAGACCUGACCAACCAGUAUGCCGGCCUGAAUGUGGUGGGGCCCAAGGCCAGAGAGGUGCUUCAGAAGCUGACCACCACAUCCCUCAGCACGACCGAUUUCAAGCCAUUUUCCUGCAAGGAGUUAAAUAUUGGCUAUGCAACCAGAGUCAAAGCCAUGACUGUCACACAUGCUGGAGAGAAUGGAAUGGUGCUGUACAUACCCAAUGAAUCAGCCGUUCAAGUGUAUGACACCUUACGGGAGGCCGGCAAAGACUUUGGCAUCCGCAACGCCGGCUACUAUGCCCUGCGCUGGCUGCGCAUCGAGAAGUUCUACUUCUACUGGGGAGAGGAUUUUGACUCCACCUCCACACCCUUUGAGAUCGGCCGAGAAAUGAGGGUCAAAUUUGACAAAGGAGUGGAGUUCAUUGGCCGAUCAGCACUCCUCAAACAGCGGCAAGAGGGCGUCCAGCGUCGUCUGGUGGGCUUCAUCAUGGAAGACCACAACAUCAACACCGACCUGUGGCCCUGGGGCGGGGAGCCCAUCUACAGGGAUGGCCAGCUGGCCGGAAUGACCACCUGCAGCAGUUACGGCCCCACUCAGCGCAAGAUGACCUGCCUAGGCUGGCUGACCAAUCACGACCCCGACACUGGCCGGCUCUCGGAGGUCUCACCGGAGUUCGUCCACAAGGGCCGGUACGAGAUUGACCUCGCCGGCAGGCGAUUCCCGCUGAAAGCGAGACUCUACCCCUUGCAAUUAGGGGCAAAGCAACCAACACAUGGAUAGCCCCUGUUUGUGAAUCAUAUUGUAGCCAUGGUGAAAUAUUUCAUUGACUCUGUAGCAACUAGCCGAUCUGUAGACUGGAGACCAGGGUCGUUUUCCAAUACUCGACUUAGGCUCCGUCUCAGGCUUCAACUGUUUUUUUUUACUUCUUGACUUUGAGGUUG